AUGUAUAUAGUGCAGUUCAGCUCUUUCACCUUUACCGUCCUUCUCUGCGCAGCGUCGGGCGCUCUUGGCCAGAACCAGCCACAGAGCAAGUAUAAGUGCAUUGUGCCCUUCGAUACCUGCAGCAAGCCCAUUCCACCUGAGCUGAAAGCACCGAUGGCCAAGGCAUUCGGAACUAGCGUCGAAUGCAACUUGUCAGAAGUUGUUUACUACGGUGCCCCUGACGCCGCGAUUGAGGGCGUGUACUGCGAGCCUCUUGCCGUUCGUAAGAUAGGAGACUCGUUUGAGUACCAAGUCGGGCACGUUGGGGUCUCUUGCCCUGCAAAGUGCGAAAUCUGGGGCUAA